AUGUCAUUGAUGCUACAAAAAAAUCAAGCUCGUGGAACUAGAGCAAGCCUGAGCCAAUUUGAGCCAAGAAAGCUUCUGAUUGCUAGCACUAAACCCACCAUCCCUGAUCUGAAUGCUGAACCUUGUUCCGACUCGGAAGAAGAAGAAACAGUGGAGAAUCUCACAAGUCUUGCACCUCAAGAUGCACACAAUGGUCUUCCUAAGCUUAUGUUCGACCUUGAGGUCGAGAUCUUUUCCCGUCUUUCAUGUUUUCAAUAUUGGAAACUAAAUCUUCUCAACAAGCAGUUUUCGCAACUGCUACAAAGUCGUGAGAUUUUUAAAGUGAGACGAGAACGUGGACUUGUGCAACCAUAUGUGCUUAUGUUUUCGAGCGGUGAAACUUGUUGGGUAAUGUUUGAUAAAGGUUUCAAGAAUUUCCGACAACUUCCAGAAAUUCCUUCUGACUUUUGUUUCUUUUAUGGAGAUAAGGAAACGAUUACUGCGGGUACGCAUUUGAUAGUCAUCGGGAGAGAGGAGAAGCGUAUUGUGGUGUGGCGAUACGAACUAGAGGUAAACAAGUGGAUCAACGAUACUGAAAUGAUCACACCGCGGGUAAUGUAUGCUUCCGCAAGCCGUGGGACCGAUGCAUUUUUCGCUGGAGGAAUCAAGACAAGCGAAAACGGGGGUCCUGAUGUUGUGAACGUUGCUGAAAGAUACAACUCCGAUACAAAAACGUGGAAAGCGAUGAAAGCAAUGCACAAGCGAAGAAAAUUUAGCUCGGGAUGUUUCUUGCGGGGUAAGUUUUACGCUCUUGGUGGUCGAGAUGAGAAUGAUGUGUACCUUACUUGUGGAGAAAGUUACGAUGAGUUAACAGAUUCAUGGAAGUUGAUACCAGACAUGCUCAAAGGCAUGACUUUCAUGAAUCCCCAAUCCCCUCCACUUAUUGCUGUGGUCAAGGACAACCUCUACUUGCUGGAAACAUGGUUGAACGAGCUUUGGGUUUAUGAUAUAAACGCAAACGUUUGGAAAAAUCUUGGAGUUGUGCCUGUGAAAGCAAAUGCUGCUUUAGGUUGGGGAGUUGCAUUUAAGUCAGUUGGAGAUAGGAUUUUGGUGAUUGGAGCUUCAGUUACUAAAUCGUGGGAUAACAAAAUGUCAGUUUACACAUGUUGCCCAUUUCCAAAAGUGGAAAAGAUUACUUGGGAGGAGACUAGCUGCGAUUGUGUUCAGCUCGGCCAUUUUAUCCGUAACUGUUGUGUGAUGCUUGCUUAA